AUGGCCAUGGAGCAGGGAAGAGUGACGGAAUUCGAAGGAAAGAGCCUCGACCAGAUACAAAUUGAGCCUGAAGGGAGAGCAGUAGAGAUCCUCUCACAAACGGACGGGCUAAAAGAAACUUCAAGCGGAGAACCUUCAACCAUUCAUCCAGAUGCACCCCAUGGUAGUGGCAGUGCCCCUUCUGAACGUGGAGCUGGUGGAGCGAGACCUCGGCUUCAGGAUGAUGCUCAUGUCUCGCCGCCUGAACUAAAGCAUUCCAGCGGACUCAGGGCUCCUCGCGGUCCUCCCACAGCCGACCAGGACUGUCGCAAUCACGGCACGCAUUCCAGAGGCAGCCCUGACCGGAUGUAA